AUGAUGAUGAAAAUAUCAAGUGUCCGACAGAAUUUCGCCAAAGAAUGUGAAGAUGCCAUCAAUAAACAAAUCAAUAUGGAACUACAGGCUGCUUAUGAUUAUAUGGCAUUCUUCACUUAUUUCGAUCGAGAUGAUGUGUCAUUUCCGAAAGCAGCUGAAUUCUUUCGAAAAGCUUCACAUGAAGAACGUGAACAUGCAGAGAAAUUGGCCAAAUAUCAGAACAAACGUGGUGGUCGAAUAGAAUUUAUGGAUUUAAGAGCAGUUCAGAAAAUUGAAUUAAAUGAUCUUGAAGAAGCAUUUGAAAUUGCUCUAAAUUCUGAAAAGUCGAUUUAUCAGUCCCUACUGGAAUUACAUAAUGUAGCUGAAGAACACAAUGAUCCAGGGUUAUGUGAAUUUAUUGAAUCUGAAUGCUUAGAAACUAAAGAACAAUUCAUUAAAACAAUUGCCGAUUAUUUAACACAAAUUCAACGUGUUGGGAAACAACUUGGUGAAUAUUUAUUUGACCAAUUAACAUUGAAAGAAUAAUAAUAAUAACAACUCAAAUAUAAAUUAAUUGUGAAUAA